CGUCGCGCCCGCUGCGACUGCAUACGACCGUGCUUCUCAAACUUCUCAAGAUACUGAUUACGAUACAGACACUACCAUAUAAAUUUAAACUUAACCCGAAUUGUUAUUUUAUCUGCAUUAAAACUCUUUAAAAGUUAGAAAGAAACUUAAAGUUUUAAGUGGUCACUAGAAAAAAAAACGUUCAAAGUUGGUGAUGUGAUAUGGCCAAGUUCCGCCACAAUGGUUGCGGAAGCGGAUCGCGAGCGCGGCUCGUUCUAGCGAGCUGCGCAUGGGCAUGCGCCGCUGUUUUCUCGCUUGCCGCUGCCGACGCCCAUGCCGAUGUUGACACUUCGACAGGUCUUGGAGACAAUACACUCACAAAUUCAGUUGUGGAAGAGCCAGAAUUUACUGACGUCAUUCAAAACGUGACCGUGCCCGCCGGCCGCAGCGUGCGCCUCGCGUGCUCUGUGAAGAACCUUGGUUCAUAUAAGGUGGCGUGGAUGCACUUUGAACAGUCAGCGAUCCUUACGGUGCACAACCACGUGAUCACCCGCAACCCUCGGGUCAGCGUGACCCACGACAAGCAUCGCACUUGGUUCCUGCACAUCUCUGAUGUAAGAGAAGAAGACAAGGGCCGCUACAUGUGUCAAAUUAAUACGGUCACGGCGAAGACGCAAUUUGGCUACCUGCAUGUAGUUGUGCCGCCCACGAUCGACGACUCGCUCAGCUCCAGCGACGUUAUCGUGCGAGAAGGCGCCAACGUCACGCUGACGUGCCGCGCUAAUGGCUCUCCUAAGCCUACCAUCAAGUGGAAACGAGACGACAACUCUAAAAUCUCCAUCAGCAAAGGACAUACCGUAACCGACUGGGAGGGCGAAGUUUUGGAGAUGGCUCGCAUUUCCCGAUUGGACAUGGGCGCUUACUUAUGCAUCGCUAGUAAUGGUGUGCCCCCGACGGUUUCGAAACGAGUCAAAGUUAGCGUUGACUUUCCGCCGAUGCUAUGGAUACCUCAUCAAUUGGUCGGUGCUCCUUUAUUUUAUAACGUGACUUUGGAAUGUUUUACUGAAGCUCAUCCGACAUCUCUGAACUAUUGGACCCGGGAUGAUGGACAUAUGAUUCAUGAAAGCCACAAGUAUCACAUGGAAAAUACAGUCGGUAUACCCGCUUAUAAAACUCAUAUGAGGCUACUUAUAAGACAUAUUGAUAAUGAGGAUUAUGGUACAUACAAAUGUGUUGCGAAAAAUCCUAGAGGAGAGUCUGAUGGAACAAUAAGACUUUACACAUCGUCUCCUCCAACGACAACGCCUGAUCCCCGAGCUGUGACAGUUCCGCCGCCCUCCAGACCUCCUCGCAGGGAAAACCCACUCGCCGAAAAAGGAACAAAGUAUCAGUCGAACCUGAAUGAGAUCGAUAAGGGGAAGCAGAAGACAGACGAGGGUGGCGGGAAGACACACCUCAACUGGGUGGGUGGCGCUUCACAGGUUACAGGGACGGCGCAUUGGAUUAGAAGUCAUCUAUGGGUACUAUUUUUAGCAGCUGCACCAUUGUAUUUUUAAGUCAUGUAGACGUAUUCUAUUAGACUAGAUUAUUUUUAGUAUUAUUUCAAACCACGCUGUCCAUUUUAUAUAAAAUACGAAGCCAAGUUUAUCUUAAAUCAAUAAUAUAGUUGAGUUUUUAAGAUACGCAGAUGACCAAAUAUUUUUUUGUAUUGACUCAUUUGUUUAUUUGAUAGCUUUUAAAGAAGAUUUAUAAAUGCUUUCUUCCAGGUUUGUAUUUCAAUACAGUCAUGAUAAUUUUAUUUUUACUUUCAAUGAGCUUAGAAAUUUUAACGUUUGUUAAGAAAAAAAAACUAUUAUCGCCUACCUGACGUCUAAGUUAAAUAACGGUA